GUCUCUGCUGAGGAGGAAAGGCCUGACAACCCUAACUUUUUUCUUCCAGAGUUCCCAGCUCUCACCACCUAUUGCAGUUCCCACCCCUCCAUAUUUAUCUCCCUGGCAUCUGGCCAGCCCUCUAUCUCUGUCUCUGGGUUUCAGGCCUCCCUCCUUGACAUGGAGAGUAACCUGUCUGGUCUGGUGCCUGCAGCUGGGCUGGUACCUGCACUGCCUCCUACAGUGACCCUGGGGCUGACCGCUGCCUACACUGCCCUAUAUGCUCUUCUCUUCUUCUCUGUCUAUGCCCAGCUCUGGCUGGUGCUUCUGUAUGGGCACAAGCGCCUCAGCUAUCAGACGGUAUUCCUGGCACUCUGUCUGCUCUGGGCUGCCUUGCGUACCACACUCUUCUCCUUCUACUUCCGAGAUACUCCCAGGGCCAACCGCCUGGGGCCCUUGCCUUUUUGGCUUCUCUAUUGCUGCCCUGUCUGCCUGCAGUUCUUCACACUGACGCUUAUGAACCUCUACUUUGCGCAGGUGGUGUUCAAGGCCAAGGCGAAGCGUCGGCCAGAGAUGAGCCGAGGCUUGCUGGCUGUCCGAGGGGCCUUCGUGGGUGCUUCACUGCUCUUUUUGCUGGUGAAUGUACUGUGUGCAGUGCUGUCUCGCCAGCGCCAGGCACAGCCCUGGGUCCUUCUGCUGGUACGCGUCCUGGUGAGCGACUCCCUCUUUGUCAUCUGCGCCCUCUCGCUUGCUGCCUGCCUCUGCCUUGUGGCCCGUCGAGCCCCUUCCACCAGCAUCUACUUAGAGGCCAAGGGGACCAGUGUGUGUCAGGCAGCUGCUAUAGGGGGUGCCAUGGUCCUGCUCUAUGCCAGCCGGGCCUGUUACAACCUGGCAGCUCUGGCUUUGGCCCCUCGGAGCCGGCUAGAUGCCUUCGAUUACGACUGGUACAACGUAUCUGACCAGGCAGAUCUGGUGAACGACCUAGGGAACAAAGGUUACUUGGUGUUUGGCCUCAUCCUCUUCGUGUGGGAAUUACUGCCCACCACAUUGCUGGUGGGCUUCUUCCGGGUACACCGGCCCCCACAGGACCUGAGUACCAGUCGAAUCCUCAAUGGGCAGGUUUUUGGCUCCCGAUCCUACUUCUUUGACCGGGCUGGCCACUGUGAGGAUGAGGGCUACUCCUGGGAGCAUAGCCGGAGUGAGAGCACCAGCAUGUCCGGCAGCCUGGGCUCUGGCAGUUGGUAUGGUGCCAUCGGGCGUGAGCCAGGCUGGGGAGGGGCCAGCCAGACGAGGACCACUCCUCUGCUCUUCUCCCAGGUGCCAGGACCUGGUAGCCACCACCACAGCCUCUAUUCCACGCCACAGACGUGAUCUCCUUUUACUCCCCCUAGAAUGCCCAGGCCCCAGCUCCCCUAACCCCUGGCCCCUGUGCCAAGUACGUCUGCUGCUUCUUGCCCAGGGUGCCAGGAGACUGUGGCUGCUUCUCUCCUCUGGCCAGCUCCUUGCUGCUCCUAUUGUAGUGAGCUUGUGCCACCCCCCUAAAAUUGGGACAAGGCCCCAGGAUACCAGAUGCCCACAGUGCCCUGGCAUGACCUGCCACCUCUGCUUCCACACUGGAGCCAGCUACCUCUCCUGUGCCUACCACUCAAUAAACAGAGUCUGUGCCCUGUCCUUU